ACCAAAUAUUUUUUUAAAAAAAUAGAAAAAAAAUGGAUUACGAAGACGAUUAUAUAAUAUUACCUAUUAAAGAAAAAAUUGUAAAAAUAUACAAAAAUGGAGAUCCAGUAAUGAAACCUUGUGAUGUGAAAAUACAAAAAAAUUAUAAUUUAUAAAGUAUUGCUUAAAUUCUUGAUUAAAAAUCAGAAAUGAAAAAUUUUAAGUGUUUACGCUUAUUCAAUAAUGAAGGAGUAGAAAUUUUUAAUGACGAUAUUUAAUAUUUGAAAGAUAAAUCUGUAUUAUAUGCCUCUAAUGGCGAAGAAUUUGAUGCAAAUUCGACUUUUUCAGAAUAUGAUUUAAUAAAAGUAAUAGGAGAAGGAGGUUUCGGAUAAGUUUUAUUAGGAAUUCAUAAAUAAACAUAAGAAAAAGUAGCAAUAAAAAUCAUCAAAACAUCAGCAAUAGGAAAUGCAAAUGAUAUCGAUAUGGUAUUUCGAGAAGCUGAAAUUGUGAAAUCCUUAAACCAUAAAAACAUUGUAAAAAUAAAGAGUUGUUACACAUUAAGUAACAUGUAAGUUGUAUUUAUAAUGGAAUAUUUAGAAGGCGGUGAACUCCUUGACCGUGUAGAAGCUAAAAACAAUUUCGAGGAAUAAGAAGCCCGAAUAUAUUUCAAAUAAAUAGUUGAAGCGAUGAAUUAUUGUCAUAAAAAUAACUUAAUACAUCGUGAUUUAAAACUAGAAAAUGUUCUAUUAACAAAACCAGAUUAGGAUUAAAUAAAAAUCGUAGAUUUCGGAAUUGCUGGAGUUGCAUCUAAAUUCGAUGUGGAUAAUAUAGAUAGUGGAAGUCUCAAAUAUAUGUCUCCUGAAGUGGUUGCGGCAAAAAUCAAAUAAUUAACUUCGGCAAUUGAUGUAUGGUCUAUGGGAGUUAUUUUAUAUGUAAUGUUAGUUGGUGAUUUCCCCUUUAAUGCGAAUUCAAAUAUUUAGGUUAUGGAUAAAAUUUUAGAAGGUAAAUUCGAAAUCCCAAAAUAAAUUAAAAAAAAUACUCUCAAAAGAAUGUAUUGAUGUG